AUUCUUUCUGGAGAACAGUCAUUCAAAGUCAUACAUCAUCUGCUGCUGCUGCUCCCCGUGCUGUCUGCUUCUGCUUCUUCAUUUUAUUCCAGCUGUCAAUUAUACACUUUCCCCUACGUUCAGUUCGCCCAUUCCACAUUGACGCUUUACCAGGCCAGAAGAGCUGUCUAUUUCCUUGCCUGACACUGGCAUAGCUAUAGUCACAACUUGAACCUUCUCCAGUCUGUUAUUUUUACUUCACUGAGCUCCGAUUGACUGCUUCAAAAGAUACAUAUACUCAUCAUGACAACACAAACGGGGCCCGCUAUCCCACCUCGACCGUCAAGGUCACCCCUCGAGAAAGGUGCUACGACAGACAUGCCAAAAGUCCCUCCUCGCCCUACACGUCGCUUUGAGCGCUCCGUGUCUCCCUUCAGCCCCAACUAUGCGCCCUCCCCGCUGAACGAGCCCCCGAACGGCUCGAACCUCUCUCGUACUGUCUCGAACGAUUUGCCUCCCCGACCCCCCAGCGUGACAAUUCCAUCGCUUGGUGAAGAAGGGAUCGAAUACCAGGAUCUGCACGUGGGCAAUGGCUCCGACAGCCAUCAGCCAGCUCCUACGGAGACCCGCAACGUGGCCAGCGAUCUCAAACUUCAUGCGCCGCGUCCCUCGCUUCCUACAUCCAGCGCUAAGGCCAAAGUGCAGGCAGUCACUCGCACAGAUUCUAAUCAGGCUGCAGCUGCAGGCUUUGGCACGAUAGGCUCACCUGAGCAAGAUGAAGUACUCGAAAGGCCUACCCGCUCCAUCUACUCUGCCCAGGGAUCCCGCGCAGCAUCAUCAACCACGUCUUUUGACCGUCCUCGCUCCAUACAUGAUGAGGAACAUGGUAUUCCUGAGAUUGGCCAGAGGGUUCCAAUGCUGGCUAAUGCAGGCGAUGUACAAGCUCCCUCUCCGAGCCCUUAUCUGGAGCAACCCAGUCAGCGCCCUGGUCGUGGCCAUAACCGCAGCCGUAGUGGCCGCGAGAAUUCGCUGCCACCCGGUAGCUACGGCCUUCACGGGCAUGGAGUGCCUGCCAAUGAUAAGUUCGAGAAAGCUUGGUAUGAAAAACAUCCAGAUGAAUACGUCAAGGAGGAGCAAGGUCAUUACGGCUCCGGCGUUGGCACACCCCGCCCGGAUUGGGCGUUGAGUAGCGAUGAUUUGAACAAGAUUGUUCGCGGUUCCGCUGUCACUGGCUCCGGACUAGGAACAUCCCCUGCUGUAAAAGGGACACCAGAAGAGGAGGUCGGUUACCUCGCUUCUGACGAAUACAGCCAUCGCCUUGCUUCCCCGCCACCAGACUCGAAGAAUGAUACACGCCCAAUUGUUGAGUCGCCGCUGCGUAACGCAAGUAUACCUGCUACCGAAGCACGAGAGCAAGGUAAAACAAGCGAAAAGCCCUCGGUGAUCCACAUCGAUGAACCUUAUCACCAUCUCCACCACCCCGACGGAUUUGCUCAGACACCAGACCCCGAAGAAUUUGCCAACAGGGCCAACGGAGAAGAAGACGAAGAUGAGCCAAUUCUUGCUGCUGAUGAGGUCCGUCCCGAAUCCGCCUUUCAGCAUGCCGCGGUUUCUCCAACCUUCAGCCGAAGAGAAAGUAUGGACUAUGAAGGCCGAAGUCGGACUCCAAGUGUCAACGAGAGCCGUUCGAAUAGUAGAGCUAGCCGUCGUGGCAGUACCCCUGCGCUUGCUAGGUAUAAUUCGAGAGAGGAACGUGAAGAUAUUCACGCGCCUCUGGAAGAUGUCGAAGAGUACGAGCCGUUGUUCCCGGAAGACGACUCGAAAGAGAACAAGCCCAUGACUACUGCAGAACGCUUCAAAAAGCGCCCUGACGCGCUCAAGCACCGUUUCCCCAGUGAGGAUAUCUGGGAAGAUUCACCCAACAGCCUCCAGCUUCAUGCUACUGUUUCCACGCCCGACAUUCCCAAGGAAGACCGCUUUGAGACCCCGGAACAAGAGGCGGCCCGCAAGAACCAAUCAGCGAGUAUCGACAGCCAUCAAGUUGCCCAACGGAUUUUGAAUACAGAAGAGGCAGAUGAGAAAGUUUCACGCCCAGCUGUCGCAAAACAGAGGUUUCCUAGUCGGGAUAUCUGGGAGGACGCACCGGAAAGUCAGACUUUAGUAACAACGAUAGAGCCGUCGGAUGAGAAGCAAGCCACAAGUCCGGAUGUACCAUCAAAACCUAGCCUUCCUCGCCGGCCUGAGAAGCGACAGCCUCCUCAGGUGGAUGCGUCAACCAACCCAACUUCGCCUAUCGAGAAGCGACAGCCUCCCGUCAUUCCCGAUAGACCCAAGCCUCAAAUUCCCUCGCGGCCGGCCAACCGCAUCUCCCGUGGUGAGGAAGCCCACGACGUAUCAAGCAAGCCCAAGCCUGCCGUUCCAGCUCCCGAUUGCCGACGAUUCCAGAGAUCAAGAUUACGGAGACUUGGAACGUCUGGCAGGUCCGUGAGGACGGCAACCUAGUAGUGGGUGACGGGAACAAAGGUGAUCAGGUCAGCACAACCGCGCCAGAGCCCUCAGCGUGGAACAAUUCAAUGGCACCUCCCCUGGCUCGGAACAUGACGGGGGAUUCUGUCGAUCCGCAGAGACAGCCACAAAAGGAGGAGGUCCUUGAAUCCAAAACCCCUGAACCUGAACCAGAAACUGAAAAGACGGAGCCUGCCAUAGAUGAACCACCCACUGCGCUUCAGGCCAAACCAGCCGAAGAGCCUGUUGACCUGCCGUCUGCUGUAUCAGAUAAGGUCGAUAAUGUCGCCGAAGCGUUGUCAGCCACCGCGGACGGCAAGAGAGCGUCGGACGAUGACUGAUUUAGCUCAUAUCAGUUUGGCCGUUUUGCAUCUGUCACAUUCUCUGCAUACGGAUUUUAUUGUCUGUUGUACCUGUUUCUCUUGUUCGCCACAUUAUGGCUAUACUUGGGCCAUAAUGCUUCAGCGUUUCUCAGCCGAAGCCUACCACCGCAAAGUAAUCUUAUCAACUAGCUUUGCUUGUUAUGACUUUCUUUGAUCUGAAUUAUGAUGCUAUCUGCCUGGGCCCUCCUUACCGAGAGCUGGCCUUGUUAACAGAUUAGAGCCACAAAUACACAUGGUAUAUGACUGUCAUUUUAUUUCAGCUGUACCUCUUUAAUCACAAAAGCAAAAUCUGUUUCUCCAUUUCUGAAAGUAUAUAUAUUGGUCAUCAACAACGCUUGGCAUCGAACUGAAGGAAUUCUUCAGCCCACCUAUUGAGCGAUCAAGGUUCGAGCACUAGAUAGAUAUACAGUGGUUAUAAGCCGGGCAGGGUCGUGCAAGACUCAGGCAUUUAUGAAAGGCUUUUUAGAUUAUGACACUCAUUUAGUCAACUCGGAAUGAUUAGGAAAGUAACCUGUACAUCUUGCAAAUGAUCUCGGCAAUUUAUUUCCUAAGAAGCCAGUCAAGAAAAGGGGGUAAGCGUGAUUUCAUGUUGAAAAGUGCAUAACGCCGGCUACAGGUAGGACGGCAGCCCUGAGUUUAUAUAUUCUUGUGUUUUGGUGUUUGGGUAUAUAAUGAGGAUUGCCCCGCAGAUCAUAGUCUAACUAAACGAAUAAAGGCUGGUGAUUCUGAAAUUGUAAGAGGACUGAUUGAUUGUCGAAAUGAUCAAGACGGAGAGAUCUAACUGGGGGGCAAGUUUUUCAGGUCGCCCUUCCCAUCUUUAAUCCACUCUUGAUCAACCAAGCGCUCCCUGUCACCAUAAAGUUGCUUGUAGGCGCCUCGAAUGGUACCGUCACUCACAUGGGCGACUUGGGAGAUUUCCUUUGCCGACUUGGGAUGACCCAUCAGAUACGAUGCCAUAUAGAUGCAUGCAGCAACGAUCGAAAGAGGAGAUCGUCCAGCAAGAUUGCCCUCUGUGGUGACACGGUCCGAUAGUGCCACUGAGACGCUUGUAACUUGAUACGGUAGGUCGAGCAGAUUGCAGAAACGAUUGCACAGGUCGCUGGGCUUUGUUGAAGUUGUUGCCGUGUACGUGUCAUUGGGAUCUGGAACACCGCCGCUUGAGACGACUGCAUUGACACGUUCCAGGUUCUGAGCGGUGAAAAACUUCUCUAGAGCCUUGUAAAUGCGCCCAAUUUCCUUUCUUGUGACUUUGGUGACAGCAAAGAUCUCGGUGAAAGUACGUGGAACUUUGCAUUGGCGGCAAGCGAUGAAAAUACACCCGGCAAUAAUUACAUCCUGAGACUUGCCCUUGAAAGCCUUUGCGUCGUCGACUAUCUUGAAAAGAUAUUUUGCAGUGUCGGCCACAUUCUUCUGAAUUCCGAAUCCAUCACAAAGGGCACCAAUCUCCUUAUAAGCAGCAAGAAGAGACUUGUUUGCCUUCUCGCUGGAUUGUUUGUUUUGCGCACGGUAAAGAUCACGGGCUCGGCCAGAACCGCCACUGGCGAUUUGGGUCUCAAGUUGAUCGCCAUUCAACAACGGGUUCAUGGCGUCUCCAACACGGGAAGGAUCAUCGUUGUUCUGAUCAUCGUUGGAGAAAGUUCGCCACUCUGAGUGCAUAUCGAUUUCGCGAUCUGCAAGAACUAGACCGCAGGAGCCGCAGACUGUCUCGUGGGAGCCUGGAAAUUCCAGAUUUGGCGGGACCUCUUUACACUCAGGACAAAUGACAUGUGCUGAGAGGUUUUUCCUCCACGGUGCAUUAUCUUGCCGGGCCGAAGGGGAGAUGGCGGCCAUUUUCUUGAACGAUCCUGUCGCCUUCGUGUCUUUGCGGGGUUGUUUUCCGGUAUUUGAGUUUCGAACCAAGGGCUUAUGUUUUCGAACACAGAAACGAAUGAACAGUGGCGAAUACAGAUUGCCGGCUGUAUUGCGCCAAUAAGAGGUCGGGAUAAAACCUUGUUGCUUGACGGUAGAAAGGAACGAGAUGGUAGCAGCGGCGCAAAUAUCGAGGACUUGUAUCUCAAGUCACGUCUCUGCGUCACUGCCUUUAUUGGUCAUGUCAGCGCAGAGCCCCAAGCGAUACGAAGACAAUGAAUCUGGUAGAAAGUAGAGAAACAACGCCCCGAUCAAAGGUUACACCAUUAGAAACCAUUAUCUAGAGUCAUGUUGCCACUUGAAAGAACAUCUUUCUCACCCUGUAGGCUCGAAGGGAUGAAAAGGGGUAGGGUAUCAGGUUCUUUCAAGUGAGGCUUUACCUUUCUGGAUUGGAUGCUGAUUCCAGGAACCAGAGAAAAGCACGUUAACAAGGGGAGAAGACAAAAGAAAAUCUCCAAAGUCAACCCCCAAGACCUUUGAAGCCCUGAAACUAGACUUUCCCGACCGCGAAAAACCAGUCAAGGUCUCCGUGAGCGAUAUCUCACGGAAAGGGUCACAGAAUGGGACAAACCGCUGCGAGCAAGGUCGUGCAGAGACGAAAGGAGCAAAGCAGUGUCGAAGUCGAGUUUCAAGUCAGGAUAGGCCGUGCGAAGCAGCGGGCUGGCGGCGAAGGAGGGGUUGGAGAAGAG